CUUUACAAUUAUAUGAAAAAUCCACCAUAAUUUUUUUUCGGGUACCCAUUCGGUCUUUUGCAGGUGUUCAAACAAACAUGUACAGGAAUCUGCACCGUCCAUUACUUUUCUUGUUCUUCUCAUUUGUGAGCGGGUUCGUAUGUAGUGGAGGAGAAGAUGACACGCUUUACUCAACUAUCUACGUUGCCCAGUCGGGCCUUGCGGGCGCCCAUUUCACGACCAUCCAAUCCGCCAUUGAUUCAAUUCCUUCCCACAAUACCCGUUGGAUCCGGAUCUCUAUCAUGCCCGGCACCUACAAAGAAAAGGUGACAAUUCCUAUUGACAAACCAUACAUUUACCUCAAGGGAGAGGGGAUGCAAAGGCCUAGCAUUGUUUGGGGUGAUAGUGACUCAAUCGUUGCAAGCCCAACUUUCACAUCCCAUGCAGACAACAUCAAAGUUGAAUACCUUCAAUUUGUGAAUUCUUACAACUAUCCACCGGGUCGCGGGGCGGCAAACAUAAAACCUGCGGUGGCGGCGAUGAUCACCGGCGACAAAACGGCAUUCUACUGGUGUGGUUUCUCCGGCGUGCAAGACACAUUGUUAGAUGCGACGGGGAGACAUUAUUUCAAGCGUUGCACCAUCGAAGGAGCCACAGACUUCAUCUUUGGUGCCGGUCAGACUAUUUAUGAGGAGUGUACGAUAGUGGUGAAUGCGGGAUCAAUUGGAGGAGGAGGCAUCACAGGGUUCAUAACAGCACAAGGAAGGUCAGGUGAGCAGGACAGCAAUGCAUUUGUGUUUAAGAAUUGCGUUGUGACAGGGAAUGGCAGGGCUUACUUGGGAAGGGCAUGGAGAAGCUAUGCCAGGACUAUUUUUUUCAAUUCCUCUCUCCCCAACAUCAUUGUUCCUCAAGGUUGGGAUGCCUGGUACAGCAAAGGUUAUGAGUCUAGAUGCAGGGGCGGAGGAGAGGGGGGCAUGGCUGGGCAAGUGCCCCCGGCGAAAUUCCGGCGAAAUAGGAUUAGGGUAGCUAUCAGCGAUGGGAGGCCGGAUUUGCCACCCCCAGAUUUGUCCCAGCUUCAACUUCUAGUAUCUGCCUCUCUGGUCUAGCAGCCGCUCGAAGAAGAUGAACAAUCGCCGAAGAAGAAAAUAAACAAACGGCACCGUAGGGCAUCGUUUUAUAAAGGUUUUUAAAAAUU